AUGGUAAUGUUUACAUAUAUGUUGCUUUUGAUUGCGGCUGGUCGCUGCGCAGCAAUGCUUUCAAAUGUAAAAGGAAGUAACAGAUCCUAUCAAUCUGGUAAUAUUACAAUCGGAGGCCUUUUUCUCUUACAUUACACAACAGAAGAUGGUAAAUGUGGUGAGUUAUUCCCAAUUGGUCUUGGUCAUGUGGAAGCAAUGCUAUUCGCCAUUGACAAAAUAAACAAGAACCCCAAAUUGCUUCCUAACAUAACAUUGGGAUAUGACAUCAGGGAUUACUGCGAGAGCAUUACCAAGGCGAUGAAACACACGUACAGUUUUGUUCGUCGAAAUGAAAUUGCUUUUAAAUCCAGGGUUGACUAUUGUUCCUGUUCUAAUAACACAAACCGGACGGAAAACGAUCGUAAUCCAAUGGCAGCAGUGAUCGGUCCCACAGAUUCAGGAAGUGCAGUUGUUGUGGGCAGUCUUUUGGAAGUAGCUGGAAUUCCUGUAAUUAGCCACUCGGCAACUAGCAAUGAGUUAAGCUCUCCCCUUUACCAUCAUUUCUUCCGCACUGCAUCUCCAGAUAGCCAACAGGCAAAGGCAAUGGCGGAUGUUAUACAGCAUUUCAACUGGAGCUUUGUCAUCGUUGUGGCAAUGGAUGAUUCUUAUGGUCGUGGUGGAGUGUGGGAGUUAGAAAAGGAAGCCGAAGAAAGGAAGACCUUUUGUAUUGCUUUCGCAGAGUAUAUACCACGUCAAGAAUAUAGCUCAAAACUACGUAGAGCUGUGAAUAAGAUAAAAAGCUGUCCAAACGCCAAAGUAGUCGUGUUAUGGCUUUUUGGUAGUUACGGACGUCGUUUUCUGAACGAAGCAGUGCAGCAGGAACUGAAGGACCGGACUUGGAUUUUGAGCGAUGCUUUGGCAACAGAAGACGACGUAUUUGUGGGGCUUAAGUACACUGAACAAAAAAUUAUUCAUGGAUCUCUUGGAAUUCAACCUCGACAUUUAGAUAACCAGUAUUUUAAGGAAUUUGUGAUCGAAGAAACAAAUGGUUUUUCUUCGAGAAACAGAGUUCCGUGGUGGGAGGAGCUUUGGCAGAGUCGAAGUAAGGUUAAUUGUUCGUCGCGUCUGGUAGAUAAUUGCCAGGAUAUGCUGUUUCGCUUGAUUUACGACACUUAUAUCCCCUAUGUAGUAGAUGCCGUAUUUGCUGUUGGACAUGCUUUGCAUCUCAUGUUAAAUUGUUCCGAUCGUGUGACCCAUGAAGUCGUUUGUCCAGAUAGUGCACUAUCCGUAGACCUACAGGAAGUCGAGAGAUACCUCCGCAAAGUUGAUUUUUUUGGAUUGACCGGAAGGGUGAGCUUUGAUUCCUCAGGAGAUCCAGUAUCUUCCUUCUACGACAUUGUCCACUUUUAUUCAUCAGAAGAACAACGUCAACCAGUAAAGAUUGUCAUUGGUUCGUGGGAAAGGAGCAGAAACCCAAAGCUGCUGUUAAAUGACACACAAAUUACAUGGAAUGCGCAGACCAGUGGAAAUUCCAUACCAAGGUCGUUCUGCCAGGAUGAUUGUCUCCCAGGAACGUUUAGGUCACCAACAACUCCUUGCUGCUGGAAAUGUACAAAAUGUUCUGUUGGAAUGAUAAGUAUCACAAUAAACAGUGCAAAAUGUCAGGAAUGUCCGAAAGGGCAAAAGCCUAACCAAAGAGGAUCAAGUUGCAUAGAUCUUCCAGAGGCUGAGGUGGUUUGGACAAGCCUCGCUAAUAUCCUUGUCCUGCUGUUUUCAUCCAUUGGAAUAGCAUCAGUGGCAAUGUGCAGCAUCAUUUUUUACAAGCAUCGAAAUACACCUGUAGUGAAAGCAGCAAAUCGCGAACUGAGUUGCAUUCUGAUGAUCACCAUUGCGUUGUCUUUUUCCAUGUCCAUUUUCGAACUUGCUAAGCGGACCAACUUUACGUGUCGAUUUGGAGCGUGUUGGCGAUCUUCUGUGCUGGCUACAUUUAUCGCCAUUCUAAUAAUUAAGACCAUGAAGAUACUCAGCGCGUUCAGAGUUAACGUGGUCGCAGAAAAGUUUAAGAAAUUCAUUUUGAUGGCUAGAAGCCAGACACUACUUGUUCUGGCAUUGAUUUCUGUUCAGCUUAUACUUGUCUUGCUGUGGGUUAUCUUGGAUCCUCCAAGUCAACGACGAAUCAUAAAACCAGUAGAAGGAAAAAUUCAUCUGUCAUGUUCUUUGUAUCAAUCACAAAUUGGACAGAUAUUGCAGAUCCUUAUGAUUGUUUACAUGUCAUUUCUCGCAGUAGUUUGCACAUUUUAUGCCUUUAAAGCAAGGAACCUUCCGGAGAACUUUAACGAAGGUCGUUAUAUUGUGUUAUCUAUGUAUAUUUUAUUACUCUCCAGCAUGGGGUAUUAUCCAGUUGACACUGGUCUGACCGGGUCGAUGGAAACGAGUCUAGCAUGUGCUUCGACCCUUUUGAGUUCUUAUGGGUUGCUGGUCUGUAUGUUUGGCCCCAAAAUUUACUUUGUUCUGUGCAAACCCGAGCAAAAUACUCACGAAGCUUUGUGCUCACAAGUCGCAGAAUUUUCUUUCAGCAGCGGAAUAAGAAGCAGAGUAGCUGUUGCACCGUUAGUUUCAGUUAGAAACAGCAGUCAUGCUAGUGUGGAGAACUUGAAUUAAGACAUUAAGUUUAACUGAUAAGCUGAGCGGGCAGAGAGUGUGACAAUCUUCGUUAAAUGGGCUGUGUAACAAGGAUAUUACAGUUUGAGAUCAAUUCUGUGCUUAAUUCAUUAUUUUACUUAGUGCCUUUUAAUUUACUCAUACACAAAAUGCUCCUGUUGAGUUUUGAAGAUUUAAAACAAAUUUCACUAGGGAACAAUAAAGGUAAAGGCGCACAGGAACCAAGGGCCCAAACGGCUGGAGCUUAUACCGUAUAACCUUGGCAUCAAGCAUGGCUAGGAGUAUUGCUACUCCCCCGUGGUCGGAACAAAAGUCCAUUGUAUGUCACCGGUACCCAUUUAUACACCUGGGUGAAGAGAGGCAAAGUGGAUGGAGAAAAGUUCCUUGUCUAAGGAAACAACGCGUCGGGCGAGGCUUGAACCCCUGACCUCCAGAUCAAGAGUUUCAGGUGUUGACCGUUCGACCACGUACGUCUCCACCAUACUAUUUUCAAAACCAUAAUUGUUUUUGGUGAUUUUUCAGGGAGAGCAUUAAAACUUGAAAAAGUUGGGAAGUUUCAAUUCGUUUCAAUCCUUGAUAUCUGUCGCAACAGAUGACAGGAAUCAGUUGCAGUGCCUAAAUAUAGUCAUAAAUAACAAAACUGGAGCAUUAUUUUUGAAAUUCAAUUGAUGCAAAGACAAGUUUUAGCUUUUUAAAAAGAGAUGGUAAAUAGCGGCUGACAUAGCCACGUAAAAUACUUGCAGAGGUUACAUUUCCUGCAUUCCGCUGCAGUGAGCACACGAAUACAAAUAGUAAAAUAGACCAUUUUACAGUCGUGAGCUUAGUAUCCUAACCCUUGAGUGAAUAUGAGACUGAGGUUGGUCCUGUUUUGAUACAAACCUGCUUCCUUUUCUUAUGGAAAUCGGGCUUAAAGAAUACUCGUUAGCGUAUGAAAGAAGUGAUUAGCAUGAUAAAGCAGGAAGGUCGUAUCGAAACGAGGUCAACUCGAGCCUCGUUUCCACCUGCAGCCGGACAAUUUAUUUAGGGCAAGUGUUGGCUGGACAAUUUUAAACAUUCACUGAAUUUUGUCAACCCAAGCCGGCAUAAUAAUAAUAUUGCUUUUUAUUUAAAUAGAACGAGAUGUUUAUUUAACUUUGUGAAAAUAAAGCAAUAUUAUAUUUGAAUUGAAACAAAAGCACUAUAUAACACUAAAAAUUAUAUAAAAAUCAUGAACUUCAGUGUCAUUAACGAUUUCCCAAAUCCAUAAUGUAGAAAAAGCGAGAAAAUUAGAAAGAGUAAACCAGUGUAGAUUUAAGCAAUGUGUCAAGAAAUAUUUAAGAUUAAGGCAAUCCCAUCUUUACGUGAAAGCAGUGCCACUCACAACCACGUGUUUUUAGAUGCGUUUUUAUGCCAGGAACACGGUAUAUUGUAGUCAAGGCAUUUGCAUUCUAGCCUCAGAAGGUAUUCUGUUUUGAAAAGCUCAUAUAUACUGAUUGAUAGAUUCUACGUUAAACAAGGCGUGAAUUAGCUAGAAAAGAAUAACCUGUUAAUGUUUUAUCUUUUUUUCUCUUCGCUUCGCGCCACAUUUAUAUGUGUAUAAAUCAAAUGGUAAGUGAAAUUAGGAAACAAGAUAUUUAAGGCUCGUUUCGUCAAUUUUUUUUUUAAUUUCCCAAGCCUUUAGGCUCAUUUUGCGUUUAUGCCAUUUGUUGACCCGUCUGAUCAGAUCAUGGACGACAAAAUACGCUCAUAAUCGUGAGUUUUGUAUUUUAUUUGACUUGUUUUUUCACUCUUAGACUCUCAAAGAACUGUAAAGUUUAAAAAACACCGUUCCACGUUCACAAUUUUCUGAAAUUUUGACCAGAUACUCUUUAGAAAUUCUUUUUUUGUUCAAAAUUCUGCUCUUUGAUGUUUCUUAUCUUUUCUACAGCAUCUUUUAAUGCUCUGACAUCUUCCUUUCUAACAUCUUUAAAACUGGUCGCCCAAAUGGUCCUGAGAUUUACGGAACGUUGCUACAGACAUUUUGCAGUUUAACAUGUGAAAUUAUAGAUUUGAGGGCUAAAACUUCCCGCCAAAAUAAGAGUUUAACUUCACACGUGGUAAAAUUAACUCAUGGUAUUAGCAAUACACACAUAGUAAAAAAAGCCAUCCUCAUUCUAUAGACCUGGCACACCUCAAAGCACUAAGGCCCACCAAACAUAAAAAUUUGGAACAAAAUUGAGAAAUUACACUCGAUCAAUUCAAAAUGAUCACGACAGCAAAAAUAAUGAUCAUUAAAACACAGAAAUGCUGGAAGGAUUGAAAGCGAUGAAUUCAACUCGCAGCACUCCAUCUUCUGUCAAGAAGCAAUAGUUUGAUGAAUUGAUAGACCCUUCCACGGUUUUUUUCAACUUUUGACAUAGACAAGUUAUGGAAAAUCCGUCGACACCACUAGAUAGAGCACCCUAAAAUUAGAACACUUGCCAAGUUUGAAAAUAUUUAUGCCUGGUUCUAUAAUUAAUGCUGUUUCAAGGUCACAAGGUAAGAAUUCUUCCUUACACUGCACGUGGUACGCAAACCUAUUUGAGGCAAGAGCGGUCAGUUGAAGUUCUUUCUAAACAUGCGCAAAAGAUUAAUCUUGACAUCAGAUCGAUUUGAGAUUUCAGGAUUUCAAUCCGGAAGAAAGAUGCCUCGGCUUCAACUAAUAUGCCUCGCUUUCAUUGUUUCAUCCGGGAUACACUCACAGCGGAUAAAAAUGUAAAAAACGGUUGUUUUAUAUGCUACAUUGUUCGGGUUGUUCGACAGAACUUUACCGACGUCUUGACAUUGCUGCCCUCCUUACGGUGAGUAAAGUGAUAUGCUUAACGAAGGCUAUGUUUACAUGUUUACACUUUGCGGGGUAGCUUUCGAUAAGGCUUCUGUUCGCACAUAAUAACGGUGAUUUCGGCGCGAUUUCUGUAAGGGGGGCCGAACUCUAAAGCGGAGCGUCACAUAUCGGAAGAUGUUCAUACUGUUAGAUAGCUUUUUGCACGAGAACCUGUCCAGUAUAGUGUCAACAGAUACCCUUAGAAAGGCAGUAUGUCGUUUACAGUCGCCUGCAAACAGUCUAAAGCUCUUUUUGCGCGCCAACAUGUGCGGCCUUAGCGCAAUUAGAAUACAACAACACGCGCGUAAACUAAUGAAAAGUAAUUGAUAGUAGAACGUAACUCUCAGAUGUGAAUCAUCGUAGAAUUCAUUUGGAUCCAACAAACACCUGAAUAUAACAAAAAAUAUACUUAGCCUUAUUGUAUUCCGUCGCGAUUAACAAGAACAAUGCAGUUUUUAAUCAUAUUUUUUUUAUCGAAAUAUCUCAGCAAAGCAAUUUAAGAUCACUAAGAACGUUUCCUGGCUCAAAUCGCCAAACAAAUAAGUUCGUCCAGGUCCUCACUAGAGUGAUUUUACGUAAAACGGGAAAUAGAUGGCUAACAGACAAUACCACUUAAAAUUGCACGCGGUCAUUACUUUCUUUUGUUUAAACAAGAGUUUUGUGAGACCCGUUUUCGAAACGUUUUGGAAGUUAUUGACACUAGUUGAGAAAAGCCACGCUAGCGCUGAAACAUGCUUGGGGUAAACAAGAAUACACAAAACUUUUCCUCUUAAAAUGUUUGGAACUUCAUUGUCCUCUUUACCUGUCGAUUCUAAACAAGUUCUAUAUGUCACAAAACUUGUCUGUUUAAACUGCUUGAAUAAUAGAACUAGGCAUGAAUUAUGCCUGGCUCUAUAAUUUAUACAGUUUUAGGCCACGUGGACCCGGCAGCGUUUAUGAGACCUUUGUUGUUAAAUUUUUGUGCCGCCUAUUCUCUCAAAUAUUCUGUUUUUUGCCCCUGGCCGACGUAUAGAAUUCUUCAAGGCAAGUGCGCGCGUACAGUAUUUCGCGUAAAUUGUUGAGGUAUCAAAAAUUGAACUAGUGAGGUUUCUGUUGGUAAAAAAAGCACGUUUCAUGUAAUUUUGAGUUUAUUUUAUACAAAAGAAGAACUUCAUCAUUCUUCCAUUGUCUUUAAUUUUAAAUUAUUAUUCCGAAAUAAUAAAAUGGUAAAAUUUGCCGCUUAGCAUCAUGGAGUGAUAAGGAAAACGAAGUAAACGUUCAAAAACUAAUUAUAGUAAAAAUUAGUUAUGACUAUAGGAUACUAAAGUUAAUACUUGAAUCGCUAAGAAUCUCUCUUUCUUUAACUAUGGUUAAAAGUGAGUGGAAAAAAACAUACUGGGUUACAUACAACUUUGAUCUGUGACAAUGAAAUUUAAUUACGGACAAAAAAAAUCCCCUUAAAUACAAUCUUAACAAAUUAUCUGCAAUAGUUUAAUCGUGGUAUGACCGAAAAGAAACACGGAAAGUGAAGGUACCGCAGAUCCCACGCGACGAUUCGCAACGACGAUUUUUGGCGCAACACAGCGUUGCAAUAUGUUGAAACAAUGUUGUAACCAUUGAAAACUAUGUCGCAACAAUGUUGCAACGCUGUGUUGCGCUAAAAAUUGUCGUUGCGAAUCGUCUCGCGUAACAUUACCUUUACGAGCCAGGAACUUGACUUGGUGCAAAGCUCAAGCCCUUUGCAUGACUGUGAUCACGUGAUCAACUUUCGGUAAACAAGAAAAUAGCUCUUUUUUUGAAAAAUUUUGUUAGCACAAGCUGAAAGAGCAUAUUAAAAUUACGUAACCUGAGCGUUUUCAGCCGUAUAUCUCAAAAGUAGCGAUUGCAAAGGCCGCCAAACGUUAGAAGCAUUUGUAUGAGAAAAACCACUCUUACCAUGUAUCCAGUCACGCUUGCAUGGUUUUCCAUACAAAUCCUUGAAAAUUCUAAAAUUUUUACACAGUUGAUAAAUCUUUCCCUUACGCAUUUAAGGGCUCAAAUUGUCUGUUAUGAAUAAAAAGGAGAUUUGAGCUCUGUAAUGCUUAGGGAAUGUUUCAUGUAAUAUAUCAAACCUGAGAUGCAGUGUUUCAUCACCAGAUGAAACACCGAGAAGAGAGUUGAAAAUACGACGCGCAGCGGAGUAUUUUUGACGAACUUCGAGGUGUUUCAUCUGGUGAUGAAACACUGUGACGAAUGUUUGAUAUUUCUUCUCAAACAAAAUCAUUUUUGAAGGAGAAAUUAAGGAUGCAAAUACUAAGCAGUGUUUCAUCCGAUUUCCAAACACUCAUUAAACAUUAAUUUCCUUUGUAUUUUCUUAAUGAAUUAUUAAUGAGUUUGAGAAGGCAGGUUUGAAAAUUUCGAAAUUACAAGGAUUUGUAUUGAAAUCCAUGCAAGGGUGACUUGAUGGCAAAGUUAUUUUUCCUAUACAAAUGCUUCCAACUUUCGGCGGCCGUUGCAAUCACUACUUUUGAGACGUACGGCUAAAAAUUUUCAGGUUACCUAAUUUUAAUAUGCUCUUUCAGCUUGUGCUAACAAAACUGAGGUGUUUUCGUAUUUACCGAAAAUGAUCACGUGAUCAAGUCAUGCAAAGAGCCUCAGCUGGGCGACCAUGUUGUGUCUCACGUGGGAAAACAUUGUUCACGAUUCUCAUUAGACGAAAUAUUUUUCUCACGGGUGAAAAAAAAAAUAUCCUUCGCUCCCUUGCGUAUGAAAGUUUACAGUACAGCUUUUCAUUGAGUACACAAUAAAACAAAUUUUAAACAGAACAAAUUUCAAUAUCCAUCCUCAAAACCUAAAUCGAGGUUCGAUCCUAACCGAGCGCAUUCCAGUAAGGAUUUUGUCAAACUCAAAUCCCCUUGCGACACGGAUUUUCAUGAAGACACAAAGUCACAAAAUCCUUUUUUUUAGUUUUUGCUUUCCAUAGUGAUUAUUCAAGACAGGUGCCAUUGCAUGUAAUUAUUGCACUUAAUGUAUUCCAUUUCUGAAGGCCAUCUUCUACAAGCGUGUGUAACCAGAGAAUCGUAUUGAUCAUGUUAGGAGACCUGAUCUAUGUUUCUUACCUUCCAGGUGCAAAGGACCCUUACGCAAUGUGUACAUAUCUAGUGCUCUUCAUUUCGGUUGGCCUUAGUGUAGCUGCAUUUUCAAAUACAAAAGAGGAUAGACGUUCCUACCAGUCUGGUGAUAUUACACUCGGAGGCCUUUUCCUCAUACAUUACACAACAGAAGAUGGUAAAUGUGGCGAACUUUUCCCAAUAGGUCUUGGUCAUGUGGAAGCAAUGAUAUUCGCCAUCAACAAGAUAAACGAUAACCCAAAACUACUUCCUAACAUAACUCUUGGUUAUGACAUCCGGGAUCACUGUGAAAGCCCUGCCAUGGCGAUGAAACACACGUACAAUUUUGUUCGAAGAAAUGAAAUUGCUUUCAAACCCAAGAGUGAUCAUUGCUCGUGCGCUGAUAGAACAAACCAGACUGAAAACGAACGUAAUCCAAUAGCAGCAGUGAUCGGUCCCACAGAUUCAGGAAGUGCAGUUGUUGUGGGCAGUCUUUUGGAAGUAGCUGGAAUUCCUGCCAUUAGCCACUCGGCAACUAGCAAUGAGUUAAGCUCACCCCUUUACCGUCAUUUCUUCCGCACUGCAUCUCCAGAUAGCCAACAGGCAAAUGCAAUGGCGGAUGUUAUACAGUAUUUCAACUGGAGCUAUGUUGCCGUUGUGGCAAUGGAUGAUUCUUAUGGUCGUGGUGGAGCGUGGGAGUUAGAAAAGGAAGCCGAGCGAAGGAAGACCUUUUGUAUUGCUUUCGCAGAAUAUAUUCCACGUCAAGAGUAUAGCUCAAAACUACGUAGAGCUGUAAACAGGAUAAAAAACUUCCCAAACGCGAAAGUAGUCGUGUUGUGGCUUUUCGGAAGUUACGGGCGGCGCUUUCUUAACGAAGCAGAGAAAUGGCAGCUGGAUGACCGUACUUGGAUCCUGAGCGAUGCUUUGGCAUCUGAAGACGAUAUUUUCCCGGAACUGAAAAACAUUAAUCAAAAGAUUCUUCAUGGAUCUCUGGGAAUUCAACCUCGAUAUUUGGAUCACAAGUAUUUUGAGGAAUUUGUGAUGGAAAAAACAACAGGUUUUUCAAAACGAAAUAGAGUUCCUUGGUGGGAAGAGCUUUGGCAGAGUCAAAUUACUACUAACUGUUCGUCAAGUCUGGCAGCCCAUUGCCAGGAAGUUCUGUUUCACUUGAUUUACGACACUUAUGUCCCCUAUGUAGUAGAUGCCGUGUUUGCUGUUGGACAUGCUUUGCAUCUUGCGUUAAACUGUUCAAAACCUCACACAGCCAAAGAAGUCGUUUGUCCAGAUACUUCACCAUUAGUAAACCCACAGGAAGUGGAGAGCUACCUCCGCAAAGUUGACUUUCUAGGAUUGACUGGAAGGGUUAGCUUUGAUUCCUCAGGAGAUCCAGUAUCGUCCUCAUACGACAUUGUUCAUUUUCAUGCAUCAGCAGAAAAAAGUCAACCAUUCAAGACAGUCAUUGGCUCAUGGGAUAAGAGAAGGAACCCGAAGCUGCUAUUUAAUGACACAGACAUUGACUGGAAUACAAAGACCAGUGGAAAAUCCAUACCGAAGUCGUUCUGCCGUGACGAUUGUCUGCCAGGAACAUUUCAGUCCCUAACAACUCCUUGCUGCUGGGAAUGUUUAAAAUGUCCAACUGGAAUGAUCAGCACCAGAAGAAACAGUGCCAUCUGUAAGGAAUGUCCUGAAGGACAGAAGCCCAAUGAAAAAGGGUCAAAUUGCAUUGAUCUCCCUGAAGCUGAGGUGGUUUGGACAAGGCUCGCUAAUAUCCUAGUCCUCUUGUUUGCAUUUAUUGGACUUGCAGUCGUGACCAUUUGCAGCACAAUUCUUUACAAGCAUCGAAAUACACCUAUAGUGAAAGCAGCCAAUCGCGAAUUGAGUUGCAUUCUGAUGAUCACAAUCGCCUUGUCUUUUUCCAUGUCCGUUUUUACACUUGCUAAGCGGACCAACUUCACGUGUACGAUAGGAGUGUGUUUCAGCUCGUCUGUGUUAGCUACAUUUAUCGCCAUUCUAAUAAUUAAGACAAUGAAGAUACUCAGCGCAUUCAGAGUGAACGUGGUCGCAGAGAGGUUCAAGAAAUUCAUUUUGAUGGCUAAAAGCCAGACACUACUUGUUCUGGCGCUGAUUUCUGUUCAGCUUAUACUAGUUUUGCUGUGGAUUAUCUUGGAUCCUCCAAGUCAAAUACGAAUCAUAAAACCAGUAGAAGGAAUAAUUCAUUUGUCGUGUUCUUUGUAUCACUUACAAAUUGGACAGAUAUUUCAGAUCGCCAUGAUUGUUUACGUGUCAUUUCUGGCAAUAGUUUGCACAUUUUAUGCCUUUAAAGCAAGAAGCCUUCCGGAAAACUUCAACGAGGGACGUUACAUUGUGUUCUCCAUGUACAUUUUGUUGCUGUCUAGCGUGGGUUAUUUCCCAGUUGACAUUGGUCUUGAUGGGUCGCACGCAACGAAUCUAAAGUGUGCUACAACCGUUUUGAGCUCUUAUGGGUUGCUGAUCUGUAUGUUUGGCCCGAAAAUUUACGUGGUUCUUUGCAAACCCGAGCAAAAUACUCGCAAGGCGUUCUACUCACAAGUCAAGAAAUACUCUUUUAACAACGGAAGAGAUACAGUUGUAUCAUUGGCUUCUGAAUCAGUCUGUGGCACUGGUCAGGAGAACUAG